GCGGGGCCGAACCUUUCUCCUUUUCGGAAGUGCGUAAAUGACAAGAGGGCGUGGCUUGGCUGCGAGGGUAGCGUGAGAUCAGGGGCUAUGGAAGAGCAGCGCAACUUCUCGGACAUAGACGGCGGGCACCUGGCUCUCCAGCGCCGCUAUUACUCCCCCUCCUGCCGGGAGUUCUGCCUCAGCUGCCCGAGGCUCUCGCUGCGCUCGCUCACCGCCGCCACCUGCACUGUGUGGCUGGUGGCCUACGGGCUCUUCACUCUCUGCCAGAACAGCAUGGUCCUCUCUGCUGCUAUCUUCAUCACUCUUCUAGGGUUGCUUGGUUACCUCCAUUUUGUGAAGAUUGAUCAAGAAACCCUACUGAUCAUUGGCUCUCUUGGCAUCCAAAUGACUUCAUCCUAUGCCUCAGGAAAAGAGAGUACAACUUUCAUUGAGAUGGGCAAAGUGAAGGAUGUUGUCAUCAAUGAAGCCAUUUAUAUGCAAAAGGUGAUCUACUACCUGUGUAUUUUACUGAAGGACCCAGUAGAACCACAGGGAGUGUCACAAGUAGUGCCUGUCUUCCAGAGUGCCAAGCCCCGACUGGACUGCUUGAUUGAAGUAUACAGGAGCUGUCAAGAGAUCUUAGCGCACCAGGAAGUCACGUCAGCAAGCUCAUGAGUCCCAUCUAGCAGACUUCCAUCCUGCUUCCUGUCAAGAUAAUUCCAGAAUCUGGAGCCAUUCAUUUGUUUGGGCCAGUUGUGUAUCACAUGGCAGCAUGGUGUAGUGGAGAAUGUGCUGGCCUUGUACUCAAGAACACUUAUGUUUGAGUUCUCCUUCUGGGCCCUGUGAGCCUACGGAAGUGCCAGACCUCGGAGGGCCUCAGGUAGGGCAGUUACCGGCCUUGGGAGAGGAAGAAUCACAGCCACAGUCCUGAAUGACAAGUGCCAGAUCAUCAGCAAAACCUAGCCAUGAUGACCCACAUGGAAGUCGGGAAGUGUAGAGGAUUAGAAUAAGUGACAGACUGAAUGGAUCAUAGCUUUACCACGGAUCCAUUAUGUGAAGUUAUACAGGUCAUUUUUGUUAAUUUUCCUUUCUAUAUAGCGGGAACAGUGUCAUAGUUUUAUAUUGCCUUCAGCACCUUAAAACUGCUUGUUGAAAGGAAUGAAUGAAUGUGAAAUGGACAUAAUUAUAUUCCAUAUCACUGUGUGGGGAGAGGUAAAAUAUAAGGGAGAUGAGAAUGAAGUCAAGUCCUUUGGAAGAAAGGAGUCAGAUUGAAACAAGGGGGUAUUAUGAAAGUGAUUAUAAAUAAAACAGAACUGGGAAAAUUUAUAUGUUUUGCUUUCUCUUUAUAGUGGAGAGAAUUAUGGAAGAAUUCUGAGAGCAGAAUCUUUUAAUAGCUCUUUUUCAUAGCUCAUGAUUAGAGGGAAUGAGUGAUAAGUCAAAAAUUGAUGAUGUAUUUGCAAAAAUAACCAGAAAGUCUCUGGUCUUCAGGUUCUUUCGAUAUCACACUUGACCCAACUCUAAGAUGUGAGUUCCAUUUUCGAUAAUGCUAGGCAGUAGAGUUUGACAGAUCAAAUAAGUUGGUGCAAACCACAUUUCUUUACAAUUCUAGAGGUUUAUUCUUCCCUAAAUAGUGUGUCCUAAGGAGUCAAAUUUUAGAUAGAAUUCUGAGGUUCUUUAUGACUAUAACUUCUCUCCUAUGAUAUUUGAGAGACUAAACAACUCAGAAUCAUAGAAUUGGAAGGAACUUCAGAAGCCCAAAAGAAAUUUCCCCCCAGUACUGAUAUACUGUUGGUGGAACUGUGAAUGGAUCCAACCAUUUUGGAGAGCAGUUUGGAACUAUGCUCAAAAAGUUAUCAAUCUGUGCAUACCCUUUGAUCCAGCAAUGUUACUACUUAUAUCCCAAAGAGAUCUUAAAGGAGGGAAAGGGACCUGUAUGUGCAAAAAUGUUUGUGGCAGCCCUGUUUGUAGUUGGGUAGACACUGGAAACUGAGUGGAUGCCCAUCAAUUGGACAAUGGCUGAAUAAAUUGUGGUAUAUGCAUGCUGUGGAAAACUAUUGUUCUGUAAGAAAAGAUGAGCAGGAUGAUUUCAGAGAGGCUUAGAGAGACCUACAUAAACUGAUACUAAGUGAAAUGAGCAGAACAAGAAGAUCACUACACACAGCAACAAGAAUACUAUACUACAAUCAAUUCUGAUGGACAUGGCUCUCUUCAACAAUGACAUGAUUCAAACCAGUUCCACUUGUUCAGUGGUGAAGAGCACCAUCUACACUCAGAGAGAGAACCAUGGGAACAGAGUAUGGACCACAACAUAGCAUUCCUACUCUCUCUGUUGUUAUUUGCUUGCAUUUCGUUUUCUCAAUUUUUUCUUUUUCUUCCUUCUUGAUCUGAUUUUUCUUGUGCAACAAGAUAACUUUAUAAAUAUGUAUAAUAUAUUGGCUCUAACAUGUAUUUCAACAUAUUUAACAUGUAUUGGACUACCUGCCAGCUCGGGGAGGGGAAAAUUUGGAACAAAAAGUUAUGCAAGGGUCAAUGUUAAAAAAAAUUACCCAUGCAUAUGCUUUGUAAAUAAAAAGCUUUAAUUUAAAAAAAAUGUAAGAAAAAGAAAUCCCUCUCCCCCCCAUGAAUAAAUAAAACAUUUAAUAAGUGCUUACUAUA